AUGGCUUUAAUUGAGAAACUGGAACGCCGGUUUAUGAGAUUGGGGCUUUUGCCCCGUCUCAUCAAAGCUCUGCCGCGUCUUUCUGUGAUUUGUGCCUUAAUUGGUGUUACGUGGUUGGCAUUAAUCUUACCGAUGGAAGGACAGUAUCGACGUACUUAUAUAUCUGAGAACGCCUUGAUGCCCUCGCAAGCGUAUAGCUAUUUUAGAGAGACAGAAUGGAAUAUUUUGCGAGGUUAUAGGGGCCAAAUUGACGAACUUAGAGACCUAGAGACGCAGACAAGAAAUGAGAUCGUGGCUUCGUGGUUGCAGGAAUUUGGAACAAAAACUGCUGUCUACCGUGACGAAGUAGAUGGAGACACGCUGUACGGACUACAGCAUGCAGCACGUGGUGACGGAACAGAGGCAAUGGUUCUGGCAGCUCCGUGGGUAAACGUGGAUGGCCAAUUUAAUGUUGGUGGUGUGUCUUUGGCAAUCUCACUGCUGCGGUUUUUUUCCCGGUGGCCUGUAUGGUCGAAAAACAUUGUUAUUGUGAUCAGUGACAACGCGCAUACAUCGCUUCGAUCCUGGGUAGAAGCUUAUCACACCUCGCUGGACUUAACUGGCGGAUCAAUUGAGGCCGCAGUAGUCUUGGACUAUCCGGAAACUAAUGAUUUCUUCAGGUAUGUCGAGAUUUUCUACUCGGGUCUCAAUGGUGAACUGCCUAACUUGGACUUGGUAAACAUCGCAGUGCAUGUGACCGAGCAUGAGGGCAUGAAAGUCGCGCUUAAUGGCGUAUCAGAGAAUCAAAUUGGCGACGACGAUAGCUUUUCCGGUAGGUUACGCACACUUGCGGGCUCAAUUACGCAGCUCGCGUACGCCGGUGCACAGAAAUGUUACGGUCAUGAAGCCUUCAGUGGUUGGAGAAUUCAAGCUAUAACGCUUAGGGCCAGGGGAACCGACGGGCCGUUCGACAUCACGACGUUCGGGAGGAUACCUGAAGCAGUUUUUCGCUCUGUGAAUAAUCUGCUUGAAAAAUUUCAUCAGUCAUUCUUCUUUUAUCUUUUGCUAGCCCCAAGACUAUUUGUCUCGAUUGGUAGUUAUCUUCCUGCCGCAAUUUUGCUGUCGGUCUCCUUUAUGCUGUCGUCUCUGGACAACCUUCUAAACAAUAAGUACGCGUCGACUUCGCUACUGUCGGCCUACAACACGGGGGCGUUUUUGGUGUUUGCCGUUGUACUCUUCUUUUCAUUCCUCGUCUCUCAAGUGUUGUUGCAUUUCCCCAGCACGCCAGUUCCAAUCACUGCGAGCAUCCUAGCUUCCUUGCUUCUAGGCGCUGCUAAGCAUGGUCUGAGUGCCCCACUUGCAUACCGAUUUAGGUCACUCGCUUUUCUUUAUUUUGGCCUCAUCUUAACGUCUUUGCUCGUGGUCAAUUUCGCGUUGGCCUUUGGCAUCAGCCUUCUCGCACUACCAAUGACUUUCGUCAAGAACGAAUCGGAUUUCAAGAGGCGCCUGAAAAAUUUCAUUCUGCUCAUUUUGUCAAACCCAUUCAUAGCAGUAUGUCUCGUCACUGAUUUGAUUUCUCCUGACCUCUCUGGGUCCCAAGCGCUCGAGCGGUUGAUAUUUGGCUGGACAAGAAUGGGAUCGUGGACCUGGUUUGUCGUUUGCUUGGGAUGGCUCCCAGCGUGGCUACUCGUGGCACUUUCGACAAGCCCAGCCUCGAUUCCACCUUCUAAGACUACGACGGAGGACAAGAAGAAUGCUUAA